AUGCCUCCAGGGGCUCUCCUCAGGGUCAGCGGUGCCCCGAGGGGAUCUUUCAGAAGCAGUGGAGCCCCAAGGGGCGGCGUGAUAGUGCCCCCUGGUGCUCUUCCAUUUGCCCUACAAGGUGUGUCGCCCUUAGGGGCUCUCGCAGGGGUGUCGGUACCCCCAAGUGCCCUGCCAAGGGAGUCUGCACACCCAGGUGCCCUGACAGGGGCGGUGGCGCACCCAGGGGCUUUACAAGGUGCGGUGGUGCCCACAGGGGCCAUCCCAGGGGCACCAGUGCCUCCAAGGGCCCUCUCAGGGUCAGCGGUGUCACCAAGGGACCUUCCAGAGGCGGUGGCGCCCAAAGGGGGCUGCGGUAGCCACAGGGGCCUUCCCAGGGUCGCUACCUCACCUGUGAGGUCCCCUGGGAGCCCCGCUCUUCCAGAAGGUCCCCUGGGGACUCCAUCGCCCUUGGAUGGGCCACAUGGGGCCAUUGUUGUCCCUGGGAGGUUCCAUGGGAGCGCUGCUGCCCCUGGCAGGGCCCCUGAGGGUUCCACCGCUUCUAGAAGGCCCCCGGUGGGCGCCAUCAUCCCUAGCAGGGCCCCUGGGGGCGCCGACACCCCUGAGACAUCCCGUGGGGGGGGGGGGCGGGGCGCAUCCCCCCUGUGA